AUGCUAAUUAAGAAUUGGGGUUCGAUUUUAGAGGCAAAAUCAAAAUUCGCGCGUCCAGUGUUGUAUCUCCCGCGACGGAACCCAACGGUGUGGAUUGGAAGAGCAAAGGCCGAAAUGGAAAACGCCACCGUAGAUCUCAAGCCACAUGGACAGGAUCUGAGUGGCCGCGUUCAUCAACUCCCCUGCUGCGUCAAGCACGACGGUCCCGCCUCCGUUUCCCACUACUUCAAACCUAAACACAACGGCGUCGCCGACGAAGGUUUGCCAUUACAAGAAGCGCAUUUCAGAGGAAGGCUACUCCAGGGAACCACUCUCCAACUUCCUCACGGUUACUCUGGUUUUGUUUUGGCUAAGAAAACUUCGCCUCCGUCGUCUAAACAAAACUCUAACUCUUGGGACACCAAAGCGACGUUUCAGGACAUAACCUAUUGGAACCAUGACUACGUUCCUUCCCAUAACGAUGAAUUGUUCCGAGCUUUUCAUUGGCUUACUGUUGCAAAAGCUCUGCAUAAUCCUGUAACACCUGAGGAAUUAGCUUCGUCAUCCUUUGCACUCUAG